AUGGUCAAACUACUGCUACAGGAAAAAGCGGACGUCAACGCCCAAUCAAAUUGCCAUGACGAUAAUUUCACGCCCCUCUACAUGGCGGCACAGAUUGGUCACCAAGAAAUCGUCACUCUCCUAUUGGUCCACGGCGCCGACCCUACCCUAGCUACCAAAAACGGCUCAACAGCUCGUGAUGUCUCACAGCAGCAAGGCUACACGGUUGUCUCGGAACUACUCGACGAAUACGAGAAACGACUCAACACGCCAGUAGCCGCCAAAUUCGGAUCACCCGACAACCAACAAAACAACUCAUCACUGGUCUCGACACCGACGACUCCGUCUCAUCACUUCCAACAAUUUCAAAGGCGCAGGCAGUUCGAAGCCAAUCUGGAAGCCGCGAAAAUUCGGAUGUUGUCGCGAGGUGGCCUACCUCCGUCUGUCAUUGGCAGUGACGUCAUUCAGAGUCCGUGUAACUACCCCAGUCCGGUCAGACCCAUCACGCCCUCCCGAUACCUGCAAAAUGGGUUUUCCGGAAUGUUGCUGCAACAGCAGCAACAACAAAAUUCUCAACAGCAACAACAACAGCAGCUGCGAUCGCAACAUUCCAAUUUGCUGUCGUCAACAUCGGCAACGUCGCUGUCCAAGUUGCAUUUGGGUUGA